CGUAACUGAGAUGAUAUGCUAUUUGUAUAAUUGUGCAUUUAUAGUAAUUGAAAUACCGAUGCGAAAACGCACAGCAAUGGAAACUGACCCUCUAGAGAAACAUCACCAGAAAACUAAUAACGAAGUAAGCGAGGACGAUAGUGAAAGUGCGGAGGUUAAACUUCAUACAGAUAACCUAAACGUUCCAAGAAGUAACAUGGACGUAUCCCGUUCUUCAUCCACAUCAUCAUUAGCUAGCAGUUCCCAGAAUGAUGAACUUGUAAAGAAUGGUAACUGCCCUGAAGAGACAGUAAGCAAUGACUCCGAAGUUAUGUCAGGAGAAAUCCAGAAAAUACCUAACAGAAAUCUACCAGCUGUCAAUGUUCCUGAGAAGAUUAUCCUUUGUAUUGACCUUUCAGAGGAUCCAAAUUAUACGCCAUUUAAAUUAGGGGACGGUACUAAGUAUGCACCACUCUAUAUGAUAAAGAGAGUAGCAGAAAUUUUCAUUAACAGUAAAAAUAUUAUCAACAAAAGCCAUGAAUUUGCUCUGGUAGUUCUGCAGUCUGACACAGUUGCAUGGCUUCGAGACUUCACAAAUGACCCUUGUGACAUCAUAUCAGUGUUGGAGGAUAUGAGUGAAACACAGCAAGGUGAUACAUUUGACUUGUCAGCAUUGUUUGAUGUUAUAUCUGAUCAUGUAUCUUUGCCCCAAGUAAGUGAACCCAAUGCAACUCCACCACCAUUUGUUGUCAGAGUCGUUUUACUGUACAGCCGAAGUCAUUGUGUUCCCAAGUUUGUUCAUGGUCAAGAGUCAUUCAGUCUCUUGCUAUCAUCAGACUAUUUCACUGUGGACAUUUUAUACAUUCAUGAAGACCCUUCUGAAGCUAACAAAUGUGAAGAAAUUUUCAGUGUCUUAGAUGACUUGGAUGACAGAGGAUUUUCGUAUGUGCUCGAUGUUCCUAGGAAUACAACAAAACUGCAUGACAACAUGGCAAAAUUACUUGGACAUCCACUACAGCGACCUGUUCAGAAAGUAGCAUACUACAAACUAGAGCUACAAGAAAUUCGAUGAGUGAACACACACAUGCUACAUAUGAAGACAAAUGGUAUAAAUUACAAUAAACAUUUGGUAUGAAAUGUGCAUGCUUCUGCUGUCAGUGUGGAAUGUAAACUAAUUUAAAUAGUCCAGUAAUCAUUAAUGUUAAAAACAUUAAUUUAUAAUUCUGCUACCACGUAAUAGAAUGUAACAUUCUUCAAGUCUCAAAGGCUGAGACUGUCACAAUUAAGAGACUUAGUAUCAUACUGUAAUUUGUAAAAUGCAAAAAUGUGCAGUCUGAGAGGUUAGGUGAUCUGCAGUCAGAUGUUUUAUAUUUGAGUACCUCAAGGAACAUGAAUUAGCACAAGAAACACUGCUUCUGCAUGUAAGUUCAAUUCUAUCUGGUUUAUUCAUCUUUCAUCAGUCUCUCAGAUGACAUAAAUAAUACUUUAAAUAGGGCAUAUUGCUUUCUGUCUUCCCCUUGUGAAAACUUGCACAUUCAUUUCUAUGCUUAUGUUUCAGCAUUAUGUACAAAAAUAUUUUUGUACAGGCUUUGUUACUGGUAAUUAAAUUUGAUGUUCAUAAGAGAAAAUCAUAAAUGAAAAUUCUCACAUUGAUGUUUUUAUAAGUAGUAAAAUACAAGAACUCUUGGGGGCAGGGUGGUCUUUGAAAGCUGAUAGUCACUUAGCUGCUCAAGAAUCUGCCACUGGCCUCUGUCCUGAUUCAAAUGAAUCCAGUCCUAAACCCACUCCUUCUUGAAACCCAUUUUAAUAUUGUCUUCCAAUUUAUGCCCAAGUCACCAUUCUUUAGGUUUCCCAACUAGAAUUCCGUAUGCAUUUUUCAUCAUGUAAAAGCUCAUUGCGUUUUUUUCCCCAUCUUACUGUUACUUUACUUUUUAGGUCCAGACACAUUCAAGUUGUGUUCUUAGGAUAACAGACCAAGAUCUUCACGCACAUAUGGAGCAUCAGAUAAAAUUGUAGGGAGUUUCUGGUUUUUUAAUUGGGAAAAAGAGAUUCUGAACUGAAUGGUAGUGAGCAUUCCAUGAAUUUAAUCUGCUCUUAAUGCCUUCUUGAAUGUAAUUUUGAUUUGCUACUGUCAUUGUGAAAUAUUACAACUUGCCAUAUUGACCUACCUUCAGCUAGACAUGAACAUACACAUAACUUUCAUUUGCAUUUACUUGUGGAUAUCUGUAAGGUCAAACAUCUGAUAAGAGCGUCUUUGUUUUUGGUAUUUAUGUCAGAUCAGAAGCUGCUGUUUUUGCAAAUUAUAAUUAAUCUGAAAACAAGGAAUAUUGAUAUAAAGGGCCUUACAAAACAGUAAGAACACUGAAAUUGAAUGUAUUUCUACUGUAAUUUGUUGUCAUAAAUAUUUGACAUUUCUAGGCCAUGUACCUUAAAUGUCAAUAAGAUUGUUUAGUGUACUUAUUUUGCUGUAUUUGAAUUUUUGAGGAUGAACUGUUCUAUACCAUGCUCAAUAAAUAUGCACACCAUGUACAA